AUGGCGGGGCAGCAGUUCCAGUACGAUGACAGCGGGAACACCUUCUUCUACUUCCUUACCUCCUUUGUGGGGCUUAUCGUGAUCCCGGCCACAUACUAUCUCUGGCCCCGAGACCAGAAUGCCGAGCAAAUUCGAUUAAAGAAUAUCAGAAAAGUUUAUGGAAGAUGUAUGUGGUAUCGCUUACGACUUUUAAAACCUCAGCCAAAUAUUAUUCCUACAGUAAAGAAAAUUGUUCUGCUUGCAGGAUGGGCAUUGUUUUUAUUCCUUGCAUACAAAGUUUCCAAAACAGACCGAGAAUAUCAAGAAUACAAUCCUUAUGAAGUAUUAAAUUUGGAUCCUGGAGCAACAGUAGCAGAAAUUAAGAAACAAUAUCGUUUGUUGUCACUUAAAUAUCAUCCAGAUAAAGGAGGUGAUGAGGUUAUGUUCAUGAGGAUAGCAAAAGCUUAUGCAGCUUUAACUGAUGAAGAGUCCCGGAAAAAUUGGGAAGAAUUUGGAAAUCCAGAUGGCCCUCAAGCCACCAGCUUUGGAAUUGCACUGCCAGCUUGGAUAGUUGACCAGAAAAAUUCAAUUUUGGUGUUACUUGUUUAUGGGUUGGCAUUUAUGGUUAUACUUCCAGUUGUUGUGGGUUCGUGGUGGUAUCGCUCAAUACGUUAUAGUGGAGACCAGAUUCUAAUACGCACAACACAAAUUUAUACAUAUUUUGUUUAUAAAACCCGGAAUAUGGAUAUGAAACGUCUUCUCAUGGUUUUGGCUGGAGCCUCUGAGUUUGAUCCUCAGUAUAAUAAAGAUGCCACAAGCAGGCCAACGGAUAAUAUUCUAAUACCACAGCUAAUCAGAGAAAUUGGCAGUAUUAAUUUAAAGAAGAAUGAGCCUCCACUUACCUGCCCAUACAGCUUGAAGGCCAGAGUUCUUUUACUAUCUCAUCUUGCUAGAAUGAAAAUUCCUGAGACACUUGAAGAAGAUCAGCAGUUUAUGCUGAAAAAGUGUCCUGCCCUACUUCAAGAAAUGGUGAAUGUAAUCUGCCAACUAAUAAUAAUGGCUCGGAGCCGUGAAGAAAGGGAGUUUCGUGCUCCAACUUUGGCAUCCCUAGAAAACUGCAUGAAGCUUUCUCAGAUGGCUGUUCAAGGCCUUCAGCAGUUUAAGUCUCCUCUUCUGCAGCUCCCGCACAUUGAAGAGGACAAUCUCAGACGAGUUUCUAAUCAUAAAAAGUACAAAAUUAAAACUAUCCAGGAUUUGGUGAGUUUAAAAGAAUCAGAUCGCCGCAAUCUACUACACUUCCUUGAAGAUGAAAAAUAUGAAGAAGUUAUGGCUGUACUUGGGAGUUUUCCACAUGUGACUAUGGACAUAAAAUCACAGGUAUUGGAUGAUGAAGAUAGCAACAACAUCACAGUAGGAUCCCUAGUUACAGUUUUGGUUAAAUUGACAAGACAAACAAUGGCAGAAGUUUUUGAAAAGGAGCAGUCUAUCUGUGUAGCAGAGGAACAGCCAGUGGAAGAUGGGGGUGAUGCCAACAAGAACAGAACAAAAGGAGGAUGGCAGCAGAAGAGUAAAGGACCCAAGAAAACUGCUAAAUCAAAAAAAAAGAAGCCUUUGAAAAAAAAACCUACAUCUGUGCCGUUACCACCAUCAAAGCAACAGAAACAAAAGCAGGCAAAUGGAGUCAUUGGAAAUGAAGCUGUUGUAAAGGAAGAUGAAGAAGAAGUGUCUGAGAAAGGCAGUGAUUCUGAAGAAGAAGAAACCAAUAGAGAUUCCCAAAGUGAAAAAGAUGAUGGUAGUGACAGAGACUCUGAUAGAGAGCAAGAUGAAAAGCAGAACAAAGAUGAUGAAGCAGAAUGGCAAGAAUUACAACAGAGUAUACAGCGAAAGGAGAGAGCUCUACUGGAGACCAAAUCAAAGAUAACACAUCCUGUUUAUAGUCUUUAUUUUCCUGAGGAAAAACAAGAAUGGUGGUGGCUUUAUAUUGCAGACAGGAAGGAACAGACAUUAAUAUCUAUGCCCUAUCAUGUGUGUACACUAAAAGAUACCGAAGAGGUAGAAUUGAAAUUCCCUGCACCAGGCAAGCCUGGCAAUUAUCAGUACACAGUGUUUCUGAGAUCAGACUCCUAUAUGGGUUUGGACCAGAUUAAGCCAUUGAAGUUGGAAGUUCAUGAGGCUAAGCCUGUGCCAGAAAAUCAUCCCCAGUGGGAUACAGCAAUAGAGGGGGAUGAAGACCAGGAGGACAGCGAGGGCUUUGAAGACAGCUUUGAGGAAGAAGAGGAGGAAGAGGAAGAUGAUGACUAA